GAGAGACGUUUAUAAAGGUUCCGUUAUGAAUUACGUUGUUGAAUGAUGAAGCAGAGACAGCAGAUCGUGUAUCGAGAUAAGUAACGAAGAAGAAGAAGAAGAAGAAGAAUGAAAAGGAUAAGUAGCGUGGAUGAUGUAGAAAAAGAAAAAAACGUAGCAAAGAGAUUUCAUGUAUAAAUAUAUACGCUUCGAAACGUGCAUAUGUAGAAAAAAGGGAGAGCAUAAGCGAAUGGUCAAGGAAGUAAAUAAAACAAGAAAAAAAGAAAAGAGCGCGGGUAGUAGUAGUAGGUAGUAGUGGUGGUGAGGAGAUGGUGGGGGGAUGUAAGAUCGGAUCCAUCUGUCAUGGCCGAUACUCGGUGCGUGUAUGUAGUUUUGGUCGGUCCGUGUCGGCGCGCGGAACGUCCUGCUGCUUACGUUCGGGUGAAAAAAGAUGGUCCGAAAUAAUGGGCAGACGGUUAAGCGCAGAAGGCGUUAGUGAUCUGACGAUCCUCGUACCGGAUGAUUUAUUCGAUAAGUCCGGGACGAUGGAGUCACGGACACGACGUAUUCGAUUACGGAUCUUCGUUGGUCUAUGUCUAUUUCUUGCAUUAACCGGGAUCGUAUAUCUCGGUUACUUUUGUCCGGAUCAUGUGUGUGCCCUGACCAAUCGACAAGACGUCAAAGAGUCUGGAAGAAUUCCAGAGGGGAGUCUAUCAUUUGGUGCACCUGCAGCUGCCUUGUCAUCUUCUGUCUCUAUAGAGCUCGACAAGAAUGGUCUUUUUUCUUUACAUCCUGCGUUUAAGUUACAAAGCAUACAGGGAAGCCUUGGUUAUGAUGAUAUAUUUGCCAACGAUACAUUUCAAUUUGACAUCAAUGCGCAUGAUGUCAUGGUGUUCCUGCAUAUUCAAAAGACAGGAGGAACAUUGUUUGGUAAACAUUUAGUAAGAGAUCUGGAUCUGCAGAGACCAUGUUCUUGUCAGAGAAGACGUAAGCGCUGCCUUUGUUUCCGUCCAAACCGCAGUGAAAAUUGGCUUUUUUCUCGAUACUCUACUGGUUGGAAAUGUGGCUUACAUGCUGACUGGACUGAAUUAACUAGUUGUGUUGAUUCAGAGUUGAACAAAAUUGAAGGGGAAGGAAUAAAGCGUAGAUAUUUUUACAUAACUAUCAUAAGGGAUCCUGUUGCACGUUAUUUGUCCGAAUUUCGACAUGUGCAAAGAGGUGCGACAUGGAGAGGUGCACGUCAUUGGUGUGGUGGAAUUCAAGCUAAUAUACCGCAGUGUUAUAAUGGACUUAGUUGGCAAGGAGUUAGUUUAGAACAGUUUAUGGCGUGCCCAUACAAUUUGGCAAGCAAUCGCCAAACAAGAAUGCUGGCCGAUUUGUCAAUAGUUGGUUGUUACAACUCUACGCUUAGCAGCUUGGACAGGGAUCGUCUUAUGUUGGCUAGUGCCAAACAUAAUUUACAAUUUAUGCCUUUCUUCAUGUUGACUGAGUUCCAAAAAGUGGGCCAAUAUUCAUUUGAAGAAACGUUUGGAAUGAGAUUUGCUGUUGCCUUUGAACAGCAUAAUGCCACACUUAGUGCAGCUACUAUGGCCACUCUUAAACCUGAACAGUUAGAUGCAGUGCGUAAACUUAACAAAUUGGAUCUGGAACUAUAUGAAUUCGCAAAGAAACUUGCGUUUCAAAGGUUUAGAAAACUCAAAGAUCGUGAUCCUUAUUUUGUGCAACGAUUUCAGCACCUUGGAGAAUUACCCUCAAGACAAAGUGCCACAGAAUUUAAUUGGGACUCCGUUAUUGAAGAUACUACGGAUAAUGAAUAGUGUGUGAGUAUAUUAAGAAACAUUAAUCAUUAAUGAUACGCAUAGAGCUGUUGCACUGGAUCUGAGUGUCUCAGGGAAAUGCGCGUUGGAACAGAAUGCUUUAUAUACAUGUAGUUAUCAGGCGCAUUUAUUGCGUGAGUUUUACCAAAAGUGUCGUAGAAUUUUACUUGGACAAGACCAAAGAGAGCUCCAAGAACCUUGGUAUUAUCCUUGGUACUUUUCAAUGGUUUCGUGUAAAAAUAGAUAUCGAGAUAAUUAUAAUGUGGGGGAAGAACAAAAAAUAAAGAAAGAAAUCUUUAUAUAUUCUUAAAACAUUUGCAAACACUCUGUGAAAGCUCUUCCAUAUAUAUAUAUGGUUAAUAUAACUUUGCUUAUAUAACACUGAGAUGCAGUUAUUAAAAAGUACUGAUUUUUUCCUAUAUGUUAAACGAAUAUUAAUUCAUGAAUGGGAUUGCAUCUACAUUUGUUGAAAUAAAACUUUAAUAAUAGAUACGCAUAUAGGAUUUAAAUUUUUUGUGCGUGUUCAACAGGAUUCAAGGGAUUUGUACAAAAAAUAUUAGGGAUAGAAUUUCUCUUUAAUUGUGAUAAAAUCUCUAUAUAUCUUUAUAUAUGUGCGUUUUUAAAAUGUAGUUUCAACACUAAACAAAAAAUCAUAGAUCGAAUUAAGGUCUCAUCCUAUUUUUAUUAGUCUCAAUCUUAUCUAAUAUUAUUGUUAUUCUAUUAAAAAAGAAAAAUUAUCUUUGAGAUUUCGAAAACGUUAACAUAUCUAAUCUAUGAAUUACAUAAAUUAUUGUAUUAUGUAUCAAAUACGUAAUACAAUAAAUUCUAGGAUAUGACUGCAAGUAAUUACUGACUCAAUUAGAUAUAGAAGUUUAAAAAUAAAUCAUCUCUCGGUUUAAAUGCGUUUAUAAGGAAGAGUAUACAUACGAGUGAGUGAUACUUAUGAUGGCAGCAAAUUUACUCCGUUUAAUAUACACAAGCUGAUUUUUAUAUUUCGAACAAUUUACUUCUGGCUUAGGGUUGUGACAUCUAGUUAUUAAGUAUGUAUGCUUCUGAGCUAUUAUAAUUAUUUAAGAAUUACUUUUAAUUAUUACAGUAUAUAACACACACAUACACACACGGCUGCGUGUGUUAAAACAAAAACAUUUGAUAUUAUAUCAUAUUAAUAUAAUAUAACCCUUGGUCCUGUGAACAAAAAAAAGAUCUCAAAUCAUUAUGUUUUAUCUCUUUUUAGAAUCAUUACUAGUGUGUGUGAUCAAUUGUAUUAACAAAUUAUAUAUAUAUAUAUAACAUUUUAUCAAUUUUAGGCAUAAUGAUAAUGAUAAUUUUAUUGGUAGUAGAGCUUUUUAAAAUAAAUCAUAUAUAGAUUAUAAAUUACUUUUGUAAAUAUGCCAAAAGAUAUAUAUUUUGUAAUUGGAUUAUUUGCAUUGUAAAGGAAAUGGUAUAUCAGGUUUAUUAAAAAAAAAAAAAAUUUUUAAAUAGUUUAAGCGAUAAGAUUUUUAUGAAAGAAACUAGCAUCAGUGGUCAUACAUCUGAUAAUUAUCAUGGUAUUGAAUAGUAAAUAUUUAAUUAUAUAUAAUUACAAUAAAAAAAAAAGAAAAUAUCUUGAUUUAGUAUGUAGAGUAUUUCUGAAAAAACGAUCAAAUAACGUCCAAAAUAAUGAGUGCAGUCUGGUAGAAUUACUUAAUAUAUUAUAGUAUAUAUAAAAUAACUUUUAAAUAAUUUAUCGAGAAGAAAAAGUUAUUAGAUAUAUUGGUCAUUAAUUAUAUAUCUCAAAAUAACAAUGGAAAGCGUGGUUAUAAGUUUAAUUAAUUAAUUAUUAAUAAUUACUGCCUAAUAAGAAUUAUGUGCAAUACAAUUCGCUGGGUUACCAUUAUAAAUAUUUCAUAUCAUCCAGUCAUAAACUAAAUGUAAUAUAUCUUAUAUCUUUUUAGCGAAUAUUUUAUAUAUCAUUAAUGUAUAGGUUGCAAAGGCUCUCUUGGAUGUAUUUAAUGUUGGUCUCUCGAAUGAACACAAUAUUCCUAUAAUAAAAGAUAAUAAAAGGAAAAAGAAAUAAAAAUAAAUAAAUAAUAGAAAACCAGUGCCAUUAAAUUGCUAUUUUACACAUUAUAGAUAUGUCUGUAAAAUAAAAAGAAAUAAAAAAAAUGCAUAAAUUAAUGUUUAAUGGAAUUAAAUCAAGCGAAGGUAGAGAUAAUAGUUGCCGUUAAUAAUAAUGAAUUGUAAAUUUUAUGUGAUAUGUAUUUUACAAUAUAAUUUAUAUAUCUUACAUUCUAAGAGUCUUAUACAGAGUCGAAAAUGAAUAACAUACAACGAUUCCUUAGUUUUUAAUGUUAAUUUUUGUUCUAUUCUUUUAUUUGAUUCUAAAAUUUAAGUAUCAUUAAUUUCAAUUUUACUUUUAACUUUUAUAACUCUGUAUAUAGCUCUAAUUUAAAUUAUUAUAAAAGCACAUUGUUUUCAAUCGAAUGACCUACUUAUAAAAAUACAUAAACAUAUGUUGUAAUACAAAUUGCAUAAAAAUAAUAUUAAGGACCAAAGAUUAACUAUGUUUUGCAAGUAUUUAAAAUGCUUGCAGCACAAUCAUAAAAAUGAUCUUUUAUAUGUGACACAAUAAACAACUCAUUAUAUGUACAGUAAUCAGAAAAAAAAUUCAAUGUAAGGCUGCAUUUGAUAUCUAAAUGCAACGAAGAAGAAUUUAUCACAUAGGAAUACAAAUGAUACAUUCUAUAUCACUCUGUAUAAACAAAGUUAUUUCUUAUCGAUGUUCGACGUAAUUAUAAAACAUUCAACGACCGUGUCACAAAAUAUUAGAGCAAUAAAAUUAAUAACUAAUUUUAUUAAUUAUUUUCAAUCUUAAAAACUUUUUAUAAUUCAUUAAUUGCCUUCCGAAUAACAUUUAAGAUUUCUCUUUUUUAUAAAUGUAACAAAAUUUAGUAUACUCUAUGUAAAGAAAUCCAAUUAAGGUUUAAAUUUUUUGUGCAUCUGGUUUGUUAAUUAUUUUUAAUAUUUAUGUAAUUCUAUAUAUAUAUAUAAGUGUAUAACUAUACGCAUAUAUUCAAUAUAUUAGUAUGGAUCAAAAAUUAGCUUUAACAUUUGAAAUUUUUGGUAUCGAAAUAUGUUAUAAAUUUAUUGUCAAUGAAGAGUAAAGCCAUGACACUAGCCCAAUAAAGGAAAUAAGAGUAGGCCUAAGAUAUUGGUAUUUUAGUAAUAUCAGUGUAAAUAACAUCAUACCGUUACAUUAUUAUAAAUUAAUAAUUCUACAUAAAGAUGCGCGCGCGCGUGUAAACAUGAUAAACAUACAUGCAAAUGUAAAUAGUCUUGCGCGUGCAGUAAACAAAAACAUUAUUAAUAAUUAAUGAUCAAUCUAUUAUUGUACGAUUACAUAUACACAUGAGGCAUACAUAUUAUAUUGUUAUUAUGAUUUACUAAACUCGCUGUUGCUACACAACCAAAUUAGAAGUUCAGUAACAGUAAUAAAUAUGGAAUAUAUGUAUAUCGAAUUUAAGUAUACUGCUAACUUUGUCUUUAAAAUGAAUGUUGUAAACUUUUUAAUUUUAAUAAAACUAAAAAGGUCUCAAAAACAAA